AUGGCGACGUCCCUGAAAUCCCUGGCCGAGAUCCCCGUUCUCUCGCGCCUGUAUCGCCAGGGAAUUUUGCACCCCUCCACGUCAACGAAGCAGCCCGUCCAACGUCUCAACGAUUCCGUGGCCUCUCUCCAGUACGACAUCACCAAGCUCAAGGUUGACUGCAUCGUUAAUGCCGCGAAUCGCUCAUUGCUGGGUGGUGGCGGCGUAGAUGGCGCUAUUCACCGGGCGGCCGGCCCCCAGCUGCUAGAAGCAUGCAGGUAUCUGGACGGCUGCGAUCCCGGCGAUGCCAAAAUUACCCCCGCUUACGAGCUACCCUCUGAGCGGGUCAUCCACACCGUUGGCCCGAUCUACCGCCUCGAGAACAAUCGAGACCCUAGACGCCCGGAAAUCCUCCUUCGUUCGUGCUACCGGCGCAGCUUGGAAUUGGCCGUUCGCAAAGGCAUCAAGAGCAUCGCGUUCUCGUGCAUUAGCACCGGAGUCUACGGGUACCCGAAUGAGGCAGCCGCGUUCAUUGCCGCGGACGAAGUUCGGAAUUUCCUUGAAGAGCCCGAGAGUGCUGGGAAGCUGGAUCGUGUCAUCUUCUGUCUCUUCCAACCAGAGGAUGUGGCCGCUUACGAGAAAGUGCUUCCGUAUGUCUCCCUGUCUCAUACUAAGCCCUAA